AUGAUCGUCCAAGAAGCCCACACAGGACUCCACUGCGGCAUUGCGCAUACAACGGCAAACGUGAGGCAGAAUUAUUGGAUUCCAAAGUUGCGGCAGCUAACACGAAGUGUCAUCCGGAAGUGCCUCCCGUAUCAGGAGUUUAACAACUUUCCCUUCGUCUACCCCGACAUGCAGGAUGUUCCAGAAUGCAGAAUCCGAAGAACCCGACCAUUUGAGCACAUCGGGAUUGACUUUUUCGGACCACUAGCAGCCAAAGAGAACGUGGUUGCGAUAAAAGUUUAUGGCAUCAUCAUGACCUGUGCCACUACACACCUACUUCAUUUUGAACUGGCGGGAGACAUGUCAACAACGGCGGUGUUACACGCAUUGAGGAGAUUUUUUGCGCGAAGAGGAGUUCCAUCCAUGAUAAUCUCCGAUAACGGACCAUCGUUCCUGCUUGGGAACGAUAUUCUGAAGGCAGCCACUACCUCUAUUCCCAAUGACGUCUCGCUCGCGAAAACAAUGGCCACGAAAGGGAUUGUAUGGAAGACAAUAACGCCCUACGUUCCCUGGCAGGGAGCUUUUUACGAGAGACUUAUUAAAUCAGUGAAGCAAUCUCUUUACAAAACCACGUCUUGGAAAACGUCACGUCGAAUGGACACGUUUUGGACAAAGAAGUACUGGAAACGUUCCUUAUAG